UGGUGAGAUUAUACAGAGUAUAAAACCCAGAGCUCACAGUGACAGCUGACACUAGAAAGGGCGAGUUGUGCAGAGAAUGGGUCUCGGCAACAUGAGCAGCUGCCUGCCUCUUCUGGUUAUCUUGUGCUGUGGUUUGUUCCGAGACAUUCUGUCCCAAGUUCACAUAUGUCAACCGGGUCAUCGAUUUGAUCCAUCACUAAACAAAUGUUUCGAUAUCAAUGAAUGUGAAAUAAUUUCAUGUGGACCUCGCAAAAAGUGUUGGAACACAAUUGGCAAUUUCAGGUGUCAAUGCAAGGAUGGGUACAAUACAAUCAAUCAGGACUGUGAAGAUAUCGACGAAUGUAAUUCCUCUCCGUGUGCCCGUGAAGCAACUUGUCAGAACACAGAUGGUUCAUUCCAGUGCAUCUGCAGCACCGGUUUUCAGUCGACUGAGAAGGCUGGCUCCAAUGGAAGGAGGAGCUGUGAAGAUAUCGAUGAGUGUGAAUACUCUCCAUGUCACCAUCAUGCAUCUUGUCACAACACAAUGGGUUCCUACCAGUGCAACUGUGUUGCAGGGUUUAAGGCAUCUGAUGCGACCGCCAGCCUCACUGCAGGGAAGGUUUGUGAAGAUAUCGAUGAAUGCAAGUCCUCACCUUGUCACGAACAUGCAACUUGUGUCAACGUAAUGGGAUCCUACCAGUGCAACUGCAACACAGGGUUUCAGGCAUUACCUGUGACUGUUAACCUCCCGGCAGGGAAAGUUUGUGAAGGUUUAUAAAGUAAUUCAAUCAGAGGCAUUCAAGACCCAAUGACAAGAUUCUUCUCAGCGGAGUUUCUCUCUUUUAUUCUCUUUGGCUCUCGCUCUGCGUCUGGCUCUGAAGAUUGUGGGUUCAAGACCCACUGCCAGGAAUGGAAAGCUACUUUGCGGGAGUGGUCUCACCAGCAGAAUUAUUUGGCUUGUACUGAGCUUGUAAAAAGGCAGAAUCCAACUGGAAUUCUAGAAGUGUGUGUGUGUGAAAGUGAGUCUGUAUAAGAAUAUGUCUGCGAUUUGGUGUCAUGAUGAGUGUGAUUAUAAAUAAAUGUCAGGAUUUUUGCUACAUUUCCAAGUUUUGCACAUGUAUCCUGUUAAUUUAGCUGUUGUUCUUCAUGAGAUAUAUGACUGUGGUGCCAACAUUGUUGAAAUAUUUCCUGAAGACAAUGUGAGAUCCCAGAUUUGAACUUGACCUUCACCUGACAUGUUGCAUCUGUACGGUUUAGACUGAAAGAUCAGGUACACAAUGUACAGAAGACUCUAACGGAUACAAAACCCAUGUAGUAGAUUGAUACAGAACCUGGAUAUGUGCACAGUUCAUGUUCACACGCAGACACUCACUACACAGAACUAAAGCACAUGUAGAGCAGAAACAUACACACAAAUGCACUCAUACACACACACGCAUAUUAAAGGCAAACGCGCACACGCAUAACAGACCUGAAACACGUGCAGCACAGACAGACAGACAGACAAACACACAAAUACAUGCUUGCACAGACGCAUACCACACAGGCAUAUGCACGUGUACAGGCACACGUUCACACACACACACACCACUUCAAGUGCUGAUUUUAGCCUGUGAUUGGGUAGCUAAGCAACAUUUAACCAUCACGCCUGCUCCUCUUCUGCCUUUACAGAUGAAGACUGACUGCCAGCCUUGCUUUCUGCAUCCAUUUUAAAACCAUCCAUAUAAUACAUAUGAUAUGUUUUAAUUGGAAUAAAGCUCUUUAUUUACUAA